AUGCUAGUAUUGGCAAGUAAUGAACCUGAGCAGUUUGAUUGGGCUGUUAAUGAUCGUCUUGAUGAAAUGGUACAAUUUAAUUUACCAAGUUUAGCUGAACGUCGUCGUAUGACUUAUCUCUAUUUUGAUACAUAUAUUUUAAAAUCAGCAGAACGUCGUCGUCCAAUUAAAAUUGGUCCAUUUGAUUUUGAAAAAAAAUGUGAAGUAUUAGCACAACGUACUGAUGGAUUUUCUGGCCGUGAAAUAGCUAAAUUACUAGCUGGUUGUCAAGCAUCGGCUUAUGCAUCUGAAGAUGGUACAUUAACUGAAGACAUGAUCGAUAAAAAACUGCGCGAUGCACUUGAAAGUCACCGUAAAAAAGUCGAAUGGCGUGCAGAAGAGGAACGUUAA